AUGGCCGAGCAUCAAUACAAAUUCAACGUCAGCAUGAGCUGUGGCGGCUGUUCCGGCGCCGUUGAGCGUGUUCUCAAGAAACUCGACGGCGUCAAAUCCUACGACGUAAGCCUCGAGUCGCAAACGGCCACUGUCGUCGCGGAAGACUCGUUGGGAUACGAGAAGGUUCUGGAGACUAUUAAGAAGACUGGAAAGACCGUUAACAGUGGAGAGGCGGAUGGAAUUCCUCAGGCUGUUUGA